GGGGCAGAUGUCCAGAGAGCCAGGUAUGCCAGAGACCUAUGGCAGCAGUGCUAAAGGUGCCUGCUUCAGCCUCUCCAGUGCCGGGAGAGACCUCUAGAUGGUGCAGGUGAGUUUGCAAUGAGGGAAAGCCCCUCCGCACGGGCUGAGUUUCCAAACUUGAAGACGGGACAGGGAGCAGUCAAGGAAGAGUUCCCGGGAAGCCCUUUAAACUGAAAGGAAAGGAAGCGAGGCUGGUGGCAGAGAGGUGUGCCAGGUCCCAGGCAGCCCUGACGGCCUCUGGGGACAUAGAGUACCUGUUUCUGAGAGCGCUGCCAGGGUAGCCACCUGUGAAGCCUGUCACCCAGGACUGCUUGGUGCCUGGCUUUCUUCAUAGACCCGCCCUCUUCUGGGACUGAAGCUGACCUCCAGCAGGAGCCAGGUGAGCCUUCAGGAGAGGAUGGCCCAUGUGGGGGACUGCACACAGACGCCCUGGCUCCCCGUCCUGGUGGUGUCUCUGAUGUACUCGGCCCGAGCAGAAUACUCAAACUGCGGUGAGAACGAAUACUACAACCAGACUACGGGGCUGUGCCAGGAGUGCCCCCUGUGCGGGCCAGGGGAAGAGCCCUACCUGUCCUGUGGCUAUGGCACCAAAGACGAGGACUACGGCUGCGUCCCCUGCCCAGCAGAGAAGUUUUCCAAAGGAGGCUACCAGAUCUGCAGGCGCCACAAAGACUGUGAGGGCUUCUUCCGGGCCACCGUGCUGACACCGGGGGACAUGGAAAACGACGCUGAGUGUGGCCCUUGUCUCCCUGGCUACUACAUGCUGGAGAACAGACCCAGGAACAUCUACGGCAUGGUCUGCUAUUCCUGCCUCCUGGCACCCCCCAACACCAAGGAAUGUGUGGGAGCCACUUCAGGAGCUUCUGCCAACUUCCCUGGCACCUCGGGCAGCAGCACCAUGUCUCCCUUCCAGCAUGCCCAUAAAGAGCUCUCAGGCCAAGGACACCUGGCCACUGCCCUGAUCAUUGCGAUGUCCACCAUCUUCAUCAUGGCCAUUGCCAUCGUCCUCAUCAUCAUGUUCUACAUCCUGAAGACAAAGCCCUCUGCCCCAGCCUGCUGCACCAGCCACCCAGGGAAGAGUGUGGAGGCCCCAGUGAGCAAGGACGAGGAGAAGAAAGAGGCCCCAGACAAUGUGGUGAUGUUCUCUGAGAAGGAUGAAUUUGAGAAGCUGACAGCAACUCCAGCAAAGCCCACCAAGAGCGAGAACGAUGCCUCUUCCGAGAAUGAGCAGCUGCUGAGCCGGAGCGUGGACAGUGACGAGGAGCCCGCCCCUGACAAGCAGGGCUCCCCGGAGCUGUGCCUGCUGUCGCUGGUUCACCUGGCCAGGGAGAAGUCUGCCACCAGCAACAAGUCAGCUGGGAUUCAAGGCCGGAGGAAAAAGAUCUUGGAUGUGUAUGCCAACGUCUGUGGAGUUGUAGAAGGUCUCAGCCCCACGGAGCUGCCAUUUGAUUGCCUCGAGAAGACUAGCCGAAUGCUCAGCUCCACGUACAACUCUGAGAAGGCUGUUGUGAAAACGUGGCGCCACCUCGCUGAGAGCUUCGGCCUGAAGAGGGAUGAGAUUGGGGGCAUGACAGACGGCAUGCAGCUCUUUGACCGCAUCAGCACAGCAGGCUACAGCAUCCCUGAGCUGCUCACAAAACUGGUACAGAUUGAGCGGCUGGAUGCUGUGGAGUCCUUGUGUGCAGACAUACUAGAGUGGGCUGGCGUUGUGCCACCUGCCUCCCAGCCACAUGCUGCAUCCUGAAAAGCGUGCUUGUGGGCUGUCCUCCCAGGGCAAGCCAAGGAUCUAACGAGGGCUCUGGAGCUGUGAGUGGCGCCCCAAACUGCCAAGAAUCAAGGGUUUUGUGACAUGUCACCCUAUGCCUUAGGAUGUUCAAGGAGGGAGACAAAAUGAGGCCUGUCUUCUAAUCUAACCAAAGAUAAAAGACUAGAUCCGGAAUACUCUCAGAUGCUUGCCUGUACCUCACAAGGCAGAGUAAAUAUCCACUCACUCACUGAACAAUGAGACAAUGUUGAGAACUCAAAUGAACCAAACCACGUGGGAAUGACAGAAGUGAAGAAUCUGGCCCCUGUCUUUAAGGAGUUUGCACUCCAGUAGAAGACAGAAGGAACACAUGUUUACAAACCACUUCACUGGAAGACAUCAAACAAGCUGAAUGAAGGGGUGCUUAAAAAAUGUAGUAGACGUUUUCAGGGGGAGAUGACUCCCUACUGGCAUGAUGAAGGACGGCAUCCUAGUGAAGAAGCAGCUCAAACAUUUUGGUAAAAUAGCUACAAAAUGCAGACACAUUGUUCCAGGUAUUAUUUCAGGUUUCGUACAAGUCUGUUAAUAUCCUAUGUGGUUUCAUUAGGAUAACUUUACCUAUCCUUGAGGUCGUCUGUAUUCUUACAGCCCUUCCAGUCAGUAAUCAAAGCGCUUACUCUAUACAAAACCAGUAUGCAAGGUGUGUGUUUGUCCAAGCAAGUGGAUGUAUGCAGUAGCCAAUUUCAUUUACUGCAUGAGUCUUUGGCCUGGGAAACCUGUGGUUUGCAUUACACGUGAAUGGCCUUCCACUCUCAGCCUUAGGCAGAUUAGACCUUUUAGGGGCAGCAAUGCUCAAAAACACAGCAUUUUAAAUUAUGUGUCAGGCUGUGUUUUCACUUCAAACAUGUAUGAGUAGUCAACUCUAAUUAGAAAGAGAAAUGAUGAAUUCCUAAGAGUUCAGCCAUACAUAAUGUUAGAUUUCAAAAGCAUCUGAGAUUUGUGGAUUAGCCUUAUGGUGUGAGAGUCUGAAACUCAGCCUUCUGAGCCAGUCAGGGAAAGUGGAGUCCUACAGUGCAAAUGAGAGCCUGGGCUUGGAGUCCAGGAAGCGGGGCUCUAGUUGUGUCACCUUAGCCUCAGCCUCAGUUUCUCUUCUGCAAAUGAGAUGUUAGUCAGUGUUUCUAUAAUCGGGGCAGGUGGGGUUCAGGUGAGCAAGAAGAAAGUGGAGCUGUAGGAAAUGCCAGGCCUUUGAGGAGCUCUAUAGAAGUGAAUACAAUGUGGGUUGUCCAUUUAAAUGGGAAUAAAAACAGAAAAACUCAGAAUUGGCAUUUUCACAGUAACUGCAAUGGUUUGACGUAACAUUUGUAGGCAGAAAGUUAAUAAACUGGCGCUGUUCUUGGCAAAUUCUCUUACUAUCCCUGUAACUGCCAAGAACUCGGGAGCCAGGAUAGUGAUCACACCAGGGGUUAAUUUAGAGUUCACUGCUGAGCUCCCUGAUGGCAGGUCUGACUGUGUUUAUUACUAAAUUAAAACAAAGUCUCUGACUUAUAAAGCGAAGUUGUAAAAAUUACAAGUUGCAUGACUGAACAAACACUUUGGGGGAAAAUCAGUCAUAUCUUUAACACCAACAAGUAAUUUCCCGCCAAUGAAUGUAGUACAUACUGUGAGAGGAUCAUAAUGAGGUCCUGAAUAUUUAAUUUCAUCAUUUACUGUGUCUGUUUGCUGCUGUUUUUUAGAACCUAUUUGGUUUAUCCUGCAAGCUAAAUACUCCACGGCAGAGCUUAAUUAUCCUUUUAAUUCCUCUUUGAAAUCCUGUGGUGCCCCCUUCCCCCUGCCUUGUGAUAAUGAUGAUGAGAGUCUCUCUUUAAUUAGACUGCAAAUGUCACUUGUGAUGAGUGUGCCAUUCCAGGAAAACAGCUUGCACCCUCCUCAGAAUGUUUUCAAUAAAGGACCAGGGUGGCUGUUCUCUGCUCCCGGUGCUUUGGCCUCAUUUCACACUAUUAGUAUUCCGUGGCCAUAAGGCCAGGCCAGCAUCAGCUCAUGUUCCAUUGGCUCUCCACCUGCCAUUUUUAGGGAGCUAUUCCUUAUGUAGUACACAUUCCCUUGUCAUUUACUUAUUUGGAAACAUGGGACUUACUCUCACAAGCUUUAGCCUAUGUUAUGGGAUUCAGAACAGUGAGAUCAUAAUAAUUCUCAUUGACCAAAGCUGAGACUCCAUCCUGCCAUUUUCGUGUGGAGAUAUUCAUUAUUUUGCAAUACUUUAAAACAUUUGGAAAACACCCCAGGGUAGGUCUGUGGCCCUUAGACAGUGAAGUCUUAAUGGUCAAUAUUUUUGUCUAAUUCUGUAUAUAUAUAUAACUUAUUGUAUUUUAUAAUCUCAAUAAACACAUUGAUAAAA